CGUCCCAUCAGAGCGCCACAGAGGAGCCAUACAGACGACGGACGGUUGUCCUGACCAUGAGGGUGCUUGUCUACUUUGAGGGCUCCUGUGAGCCUUUUGACAUCCCUUCAGAUCAGACUGUGGGGAGCAUGAAGCAGAUGUUGAAGGAAACAUUUCUUGUGCAACUCUCCGAUGACAAGCAGGUCCGGCGCUUCCUGGAGCUGAGCUAUGGUGGUGCUGCUCUGCAGGACAGCUGGGCACUGUGUGAUGUGGGUGUCACCAGUGGCAGUGCCAUCCGAUGCCUGAUAAAGAAUGAGCGAAGGCCUGUGAUGCAGGUGUUCAACGCUGUGACAGGAGAAACGUUACCAGUCACAGGAAGUGAGGCUCUUCUGCGCAUGUCCGUCGCAGGAUUAAAAACUAUGGUGUCCAUGCAGAGUGGCCUCCCCGUCAGCACCUUCAGACUCAGCAGCCUGACAGAUGUGCAGCUCUUUGACUGUAACCAGCUGCAGGAUUACGCCAUUGAAGUAGGCACUACUCUCCGUUUGGACACGUGGGAUGGGUGGGUGGAGUUCCUCCACGGUUGCCUCCUGGGCCAACGAUUGAAAGUGCAGAGCCACCUAUCAGAGGAGAGGAGUGUGAUGAGGUUUCAGCUGCGGGUGGCGCUGUACAUCGCUGCCUCUUUAGGCCACCUGGACCUGGCGGGCUGGCUGCUGGAGAGGGGGGUGCAUUCUGAGGAACCAGUGGGAGUCCAUCCGUACCGCCAAUGGUGCCACCAAACCACCCACCAAGAUGCCGGAAAGAGUCCCAUCCAUGCAGCUGCAGAGGGUGGUCAGCUCCUCAUCCUCAAACUCUUCAUCUCAAGAAACCUUUUGAGUGUAGCUUGUCGGGACCCUGUAGGUCAUGACCCUUUGAAAAUCGCCAUUCAGCAUGGCCACAGGGAUUGUGUGCGCUACCUAGCCAACAAGCUGUGCUCUGUAGUAUCCCUUCCUAAUAUAUCACUACCCAUGCGGAUAUACCGUCAAACGAAACGCUGGGUGAGUUUGGGGCGGAGAAGAGUGGCCUCCAAUCCAUUCCAGUACACCAGCGCUCCAUUCAAAGGCAGGGUGGGUGACAUGUUGCUGGUAGAUGGCUUCAACCAGCCGCAGAUGUCUUCCAAAUCCAGGAGAGCUGAGACCAAACCAAGGAAAAGAAACAGAGUUAAAGCCGUGCAACACUUACCACUCAUUAGCAGGUCUCUCCCCUCCAAAAGGCCACCACAACAACUACCCAGCCUGCAGUCUGUGAAUGACUUUAAAGAGACGCAGAAAAGGUCGAAGCAAGAUGUAAAACACAGAGAUGAUGACGCUUGGAAUAAAACAGAGGAGGGAGACAACAGGUUCACACGUCUCCCGCCAGUUACCAGAGGAGGCACCCCCAACUCAGUGUUUGUUGGGUCACCAUUAAAAUCAUCCAGUGUUCUGACUGCAUCACUGGAGUCCUUCUCUCAGCACUGUGGACGGACACCAAGGGAAAAUGCUAUAUACUACCUGAGUAUAGCCAGAACAUUCACAGAAAAACCUUGGUUGAAGCAGCUGAGCAUAGCACGGACUUUGGUCAGGAAGCAGCUCCACGCCAUGGAUUGAUACUCCUGCAUCCUGCCUCAUCGUGUGGCUCUCGCAUCAGCAGCCUGAGAGACUGAAGAAUCCUUCAGAGUGACAACUGAGGAGUGUACCUCAGGCUUAACGUGUCAGUUAAAGUAAUACCUGUCUGUCUUCCGGCAAAUAUCUGCCUUUCUUUGCUCUUCAGAAAGAUGGAGAGAAUGACAGACAUCGUUUAUACAUGCAACUUUUUUUAACGUACUUUUUUUCAAUUAUGACAUAUUAUGUUGGACAGAAGUCCGGACAGUGACUGGCCUUUGUUAUAACGACUUGCCUUAAGUGGAAAUUCAAGGCUAAAACCACUAAUAUCAAGUAUGUACUAUUGUACAUGUACAUUUUUUGUGCACUUGCUACAUUCUGUAUGUCAUAUUUCUCUAUUCCUGAAUCACAUUAUCUAUUAACCAUUUUUUAAACUUGUUUUCCUGCUUUGUAUUUCAUCCUCAACGAUAUGAGGAAUUUUACAGGCUCAUAUAAUUUCUUAUAUGAGACUGCAUACAUAUUUUCUUUAAUUUGUAUUUUGGCUGAUUACUACUGAGUUACUCACCUGAUUUAUUGAAGACAUGAACUUAAUUAAUUGCAAAUGUACUCAUUCAGGUGCUGG